AUGGCGGAGGCGCGGCCGCUGCGGCUGCUGGCGCUGCACGGGUACCGGCAGAGCGCCCGCCGCCUCCGCCAGCGCACCGGCGCGCUCCGCAAGGCCCUGCGCGGCCGCGCCGAGCUGGUGGCCAUCGACGCGCCGCACCCCUUGCCGCCGCCGCUGAGGACGACCCCGACGGGGAAGACCCCCCCCCGCGGCUGGUGGUUCUCCGGGCCCGGCACGUUCGAGGCGGGCGAAGCGGCCGCGGCUCCGGCGGGGCUGGAGGAGUCUUUGUCGAGUGUGGCGGCGGCGCUGGCGGAGCACGGGCCCUUCGACGGCCUGCUGGGCUUCAGCCAGGGCGCGGCGCUGGGCGCCAUGGUGUGCGCCCUGCGGGCCCGCGGCGACCCGCGCUUCCCGGUGGCCUUCGCCGUGCUGGUGGCCGGGUUCGCCAGCCGCGCCCCGGCACACGGACACUUCUACCGGGAGCCCAUCGCCCUGCCCACGCUGCACGUCGUGGGCGACACGGACGCCGUGAUCGCAGCAGCCGUGAGCAGGGAGCUGGCGCGGUGCUUCGUGGAGCCCGUGGUCCUCACGCACCCCGGCGGGCACUUCAUCCCCGCGGCUGCGGAGCAGAGGAAAGCCUACCUGGAAUUCUUGGAACGCUUCUGCCCCGGGCAGCGCCAGGCCGAGCGCUCAGGGGCUGGGGAGGUUUGAGAAUGGGCUCUGUAAUAAAAAAGGGCUCUGGUGAACCACGUGCAGCCACGUCCUGUGAAACAUCCCUGUUUCCGUGCCUCCGGAGGGACCCGGGAACAGCUCACUGCACAUUCUGCUCUUCAGUGUUCACCCAGGCCAGGCUAAAUGGUUCUUUAUCUCCCUUUUUUUCAGCUUUGUUGUAUAUAUCAGUAUAAAAUAUAUACAUCUAUAAGUUACAUGUUAUGCAUAUAACGUAUGACAUGUAACACAUGAGUGUGGACAUGUGACAGGGAGGAGGUUGAGGGCAGGAGGGUGACACUGCUCUGUGUGCAAGGUGAUUUCAAAGGCUCAAACACCUGCUCAGAAUGAGAGUCCCUCAGCUGAGCCACAGGAAAUGUCUGCAGAGCACAGAGCUCCUGCAGUUCUACACCCCAAAGAUUCGUGGUUUUUAAUAUCUGUUAAGCCAAGCCUCCAGCUGCUCUGGGCCUGGAAAGCCCUCUCAUCCUUGGCAGUGCCAGGGCUGGUGUUUGUUUCAGGAAUGAAAUGCCCGCUGGCUCAGUGUGCAGGUGUUGAGUCUUCCCUGCACAAAGUGCUUCCAUGAACAAGAAAAGCUUGUCGCUGUUUGUGGCUCUGUAUUAUCCAGAAGCACACGAAAAUCUUUAUUGCUCUAACAGUUGCAGGUGUCCUGCUCAGCCUCUGCCCGGCUCAGCACUGGGCACCAGUCUCAGGAGAGGAAUGCUAGCAGAGCUCCUCUAACCACAGCUUUCCUUGGGGGUCUGGAGUUGAUAAAAGAGGGAAAUCGGGUGGAAAAUGUGAGUUUUCCCCCUGCCUGAGCAGCGGGGCAGCGCAGUGUCAGCUCUGCGAGGGCCGGAGGACGCUGUGCUGCUGAAGCCCUUCCCGUGCUCAGCUGGGAGCUGCCGUGGGUUAAACCAGCGCAGCAGGAGCCAGCAGUUCUCGGCCCCAUCACGCCUUUAGCCCUGCUUUGCACCGCGAUGGUGACGGUGGCAGGAGGAUGUGGCUGUCCCCUGCAGCCCAGCCCCACACCGCUGCUGCCCUGUGGGGCUCGGGCCGGCCGUGCCGCUUCACCCGGGCUGUCACAUCAGCUGCGGAGGCGCGGGGUGUCUGCACCCCUCGGUGACCGCAUCGGGGACACCAGAGGUGUUUUUUGGGGCUGCACGUCCAGCGACAGCUGCAGCUUUGGCCGAGCACGGCGACAGCUGCAGCUGUGACAACGCACCGGAGCCUUUGUCUCGGGCAGCGACGGCGGCGGCCGCGCUCGCCAUCCCCCGGUCGGUGUUUGAUCAUCGCCGGGCUCCGCUCCGCGCUGCCUUCCUGGCACGGGGGAGGCACCGCAGCCAUGGCCGCACUGCGGCCCCGCAGCUCCCGGGCACAGCGAGGCACCGGCGGCUCCAGGGAAGAGGGAAGGACGGGGAAGAAGCCCAGGGUGCGGUGAGUGAGCAGCACGGUCCCAGCUCUCCCCCGGGUGGGUCGGGGAGGGACGGGUGACCUGAGCUGGGGUGCUGCAAUGCCUGCCCCCAUCCUGGGAUCCGCAUAAAGGUGGCUCCUGCCGGGUAUCUGCUGUACCGGUGUGAAUAAAUCAAUAAAAACAGAUAAACGCGACCUUUGUCCGCAGGAGGUGCCUGUGUGAGCAGCGGAGGGAGGUCCUGCGGAGGUGCCGGUGUGGUGGGAGGAGGGAAGCGGCUCCCGCGGUGUCCCGGAGGGGUUUGCCAUGGGAGUCCUGCCCUCUCCGUCCUUUCCGCUGACGAGAUGCCCUCGGGCUAGCCCCUGCCUCUCCCGCAGAUCCAGGUCUGUUCCUGGGAUGCCCACAGAGGUGAGCCUGGAGACAAGACUGGCUGCUGCCCUCCCACCCCUCACUCAGCUUCAUGCUGGGGAGUUCCCUUCUCUAUCACCCGGCGUGACCCAGAGGAGUUGGUUUUUCCCCCAAAACAGCCAGGUUUUGGGCCAGUUGCUGUUGCUGAGCAGGGGGGUGAUGCAGCGAGCCCGGGAUCUGGGUGGCAGCUCUGCCAUUUGCCUGGGACAAUCACCAGCGUUAGCAGCAGCACAGAGAGCCUGGGUGCUUCAGCAGGGGGAAUGUCACCCCUGUUCCCAGAUGUGCCUUUCCAUACCCAGUGCGGCCAUUGGAGUCACCUGUGUGACCUCAGGGACAGGAAGGACCCUGGCUGUGGCCCUGCUUGUGAGCAGCCUGCUGUGGGCAUGGAGGCUCCAAACCCUUUUGCUCCCCCUUCCCUGGGUGAGCAGAGCCCCCAGCCCUCUCCCAGUGCCCCAGGGAAGGCAGGAGGAGCCUGGCAUGAGCAGAGAUGCUGCCAGUGCUGCCUCUUCCCUGCAAACUCCCGGCUGUUUUCUCACCUGUGCCCAGCUCCCCACACCCCUUCCCCCUGUGCUGCUGCCACCCCGAGGUCAUUGCCACUGUCCGCCCUGCCAGCCACCCACUUGGGGCACACCAGGCAGGGGUUCCCGUGGGCAGCACUGGAAAAAGCGACGUCUCACCGAGCCUGGCGUCAGGUAUGGCUCAUGCCAGGCUUUGAGCCUUACUCAUCUCACGCUCUUCCUCCUCUGUCCCCACCGGGGGACCUGCCACAGGCGUGGGGAGGGGGCACUCCAGGAGGGUGACGUGUUUCCCAGAUGGUUUUACAGCAAGGCUUCCCCCAAAUCUGCCAAGCUCCUGCCUCCAAAGUGGCAGUGGGACAGCCAGGACCAUCCCUGGGCCCCGUGCUGGAGCAGGACCAAGCCGUUGGGAACAGCCCCCCCUUCCCUGCUUCACUCGCAGAAGCUUCCAGUUGUGGCUGAGUCACUCCUGCUGUAGCUCCUUCUCUCUCCUUGUUUUGGAUGGAAGUUUUCCAUGGAAACCCACGCUGGGCCGGGCUGCAGGCUGGGAUAAACACGGCUGAAUCACAAAAGGCCGUUUCGCCAAGAGCUGUCAGAUGGCAGCAACAGCGUGUGGGGCCGGUGGGAACCUGCCCAGCCUUUGGGGGGGCAACAGCAGCACCUCUCCCUGCAGCUCCCACCAGCUUUGCUGGCUCAGCCCUCCCGGGACCCACCCUAAAUUCCUACGGUGCCAGGAAGCCACUUGGCAAAGGCGGGAGUGGGUGACGGGUCCUGUCGAGAAGUUUUCUGGGGCCACGUGCUUUCCCAGGGACGCACAGGGAAAUCCCGUCUGGGAGAGUCCCUCGGGACCUUCGCUGCAGGCAGUGUCCACCCCGUCCUCAGCUGCCGGGCUCUGUAGGGUUGUGGCUCCAAGGUCCCACACAGACCCUUCCCACCCUCCUGGCCGUGCGCAGGGACGCGCUCUGGGUGCGUUGCCGAGGUAAGGCAGCGUUGGUGCCGUGCCUGUGCCCUGCUGAGCACCGUUCCACCAUGGAGAGGCCGUGGCAGGGCUGUGAUCCUCCUUGGCACCACGUUCCUUCCCGGCUGAGGAGGAGCACAGGAGCUGGACAGCCUCUGUCCCCCGGCGCUGACGGCUGGCCCCAGGCCCGGCAGCUUGGAAGGCAAGUCCCGGUGUCAGGAAUCCAGGAUAUUUUUAAGUAC